CACGACGACUUCCAUCUGGUAAUGUUAAAUUUACCGGCGAUACUCUAAAGAUUCCUGUAUCGGAAGACAUGUUGGGCCGUAUUUUUAAUGGUUCCGGGAAAGCUAUUGAUAAAGGUCCAAAAGUAUUUGCUGAGGAUUUUUUGGAUAUUAAUGGGUCUCCUAUAAAUCCAUAUUCACGUAUCUACCCGGAAGAAAUGAUCCAAACUGGUAUAUCAGCCAUAGAUACAAUGAAUUCUAUAGCGCGUGGUCAAAAGAUUCCAAUUUUCUCUGCAGCUGGAUUACCACAUAAUGAAAUUGCUGCUCAAAUAUGCCGCCAAGCUGGUCUCGAUAAUUUCUCUAUUGUAUUUGCUGCUAUGGGUGUGAAUAUGGAAACGGCUCGUUUCUUUAAACAGGAUUUUGAAGAGAAUGGCUCCAUAGAGCGAGUCACAUUGUUUUUAAAUUUGGCUAAUGAUCCGACCAUCGAACGUAUUGUUACACCACGAUUGGCCCUUACUACUGCUGAAUAUUAUGCAUAUCAACUCGAGAAGCAUGUUUUAGUCAUUUUAACUGAUAUGAGUUCAUACGCUGAUGCUUUACGUGAGGUUUCUGCCGCACGUGAAGAGGUACCUGGUCGUCGUGGAUAUCCUGGAUAUAUGUAUACUGAUUUGUCUACUAUAUAUGAACGUGCAGGUCGUGUCGAAGGAAGAAACGGUAGUAUCACGCAGAUCCCGAUUUUGACUAUGCCAAACGAUGGAUAUAUUACGGAAGGCCAAAUCUUUAUUGAUCGUCAAUUAUAUAAUCGUCAAAUUUAUCCGCCAAUUAAUGUUUUGCCGUCUCUUUCUCGAUUGAUGAAAUCUGCAAUUGGUGAAGGUAUGACAAGAAAGGAUCAUGGUGAUGUUUCCAACCAGCUUUAUGCUAAAUACGCUAUUGGUAGAGAUGCAGCUGCCAUGAAAGCAGUAGUAGGAGAGGAAGCUCUUAAUCAAGAAGAUAAACUCUCUUUAGAAUUUUUGGAUAAGUUUGAAAAAACAUAUAUCUCUCAAG